GUACAGAUCCAUAUUGCCAGUGGCUUAACAUGAGUACAGUAGUAUAUAUGGCAGUUGACUCACUCAUCAAAUAUGUAUGUUUUGUGUAACAGCUAGCUAUUAUAUUUAUAACCACCUUUUGAUUUCCAUUCAUAUACUAUUUGAUUCGGAAAAAAGGAUCUUUGUUAGCUAAUCGAUAUUGAAAUGUCAUCAAGAAUUCAGAAGGUGCUGGUUAUUCAAGAUGCAUCGAGAGAGCUAUCAGUCGAUCCAAUCAGAGGGGCGGUGCAUCACUUAUCUCUUAAGCCUGGUGACAAGAUGAAAAUUCUGCGGAUUGUGCAGCCUUUUAGGAAGACUAGUAAUAGAUCACCCUUGAGAGCCUGCGGAUUACUAGCUGUGUCCAAGAGUAGAUUACACUCCAGCGCAACAAUUUUGAAAAGACAAGAAAGUAUUGAUACAGAGAUAAGGAAGAAGCUAGCUGAGUUCGAAACCAACAGGGAGAUGAAAAACAUACUUUCCCUCAUGAGAAACCAACAGAUUGAAAUAGAGGGAUCUGUAGAACCAGGCCACUUACUUAAAGAGGCCACUGUACACGCGGCCAACAACUUUGAUGCGACAUGUGUUAUCCUUGACAGGAAGCUAAAAGGAGAGAUUAAAUACAUUAUGGAAAAUCUCACAUGUGGUAUAAUGAGGAUGAGGAAGGAUGGAGGGGUGAAAUUUAUAAGAGCGCGGAAAGCACCAGAACCUGAAGAUUACCAAUUCCAAGAACUCCGUCAAUUCACAAGGGAACAGCGACCAUUAUUACAUCAGAACUCUAUGUGUUCAGUAUGUUUUUCCCCAAGACAUACAGAUGAAAAUGUAAGAGCAUUCACUUUGGAGGAACUACAAUGUGCUACAGCUGGAUUUUCCGAGCAGAAUCUACUCUCUAACAAUAACAAGUUAAUCUAUAAAGGGAUAUUGAACGAUGGAACAAAGAUUGUCAUUAGUAGUUGCAUUCUGGAAACCACCAGUUAUAUGCAAUUCAGGAAUCGAGUUGAGCUACUUCAUAAGGCUAGACAUAAGAAUGUAGUUAGCGUGUUAGGAUCAUAUUCAGAAGAGCUUGAAAAAAGGUUGCUAGUCUGUGAGUACGUCUGCAAUGGCUCACUUAGCAUACAUCUAUCAAAUGGAAGCACAGGACUAACCUGGGAAAGAAGGGUAAAUAUAGCAGUCGGAUCUGCCAGAGGGCUACAGUAUCUUCACAGCAAAAGUUUCUAUGGAAGUAUGAGACCUGAUAACAUCCUGCUUACACAUGACUAUGAGCCUCUGCUGACAAACUAUGGAACCACAAGAGACCAAUAUCAUGACAUGGAUCGCUCUUCAGAGACCAGGGUGCUGAAGACAUUUGAUUACUUAGCACCAGAGUAUGAAGAGACCGUGAUACAUUCAAGCAAAACAGACGUUUAUUCUUUUGGCCUAGUUCUUUUACAGCUGAUUACUGGUUGGAAGACUUUAGCCGAUACCCAUGGGAAAAGCUUAUUGGCAUGGGCAAGGCCGCUUCUGAGGGAAAAAAACUACCCUGAUUUAUUGGACCGUAAAAUUGGAGGCUCACAUGAUAUUCUGCAGCUUUUUUGGAUGGUUCGGAUUGCAGAAAAAUGUCUCAGCACAAAUCCGUAUAGAAGAUACUCGAUUGACCAGGUAGUGAAUGCUCUGUGGCAGAUAAAGCACGGGUAUAGCGUUACAGACUAUUCUCCACCGGAGUCAGAUUCUGAAAUCGAAGCAACGCCCACAAUGUAGCUGUGCCUUUAUCGUAAUUCAGAUGAUGUAGCAUAUACGGCCCCUCAUUGUCACAACAUAAAUACUAAUCUAUCUAUAGUACUAGCUUGCGAAGCAAUAUUUUGUAGGUUGCUAUAUUUUAAACCGUCUUUUUGGUC